CCUCUCACCGUCGCCGGCAGCCAGUGUUACCUUUGACGGCCGGACGUGUGGUUGUUCGCUGUCAGUGACGUCGCUGCCGACGCUCGUGCUACACGUCUAUGAUGUUUCGGUGAUUUCCAAGUCGGACUUAUGAGUGAAGGAUAAAAUCGUAUGAUUGGAGUUCAGUGACAGGUACAGAUCUCAUCACCCUGGAUUUUGGAUUUUUCGAGGAUUGUGUAAAGUGACAUUUUGGAUUUUUCCAAGAUAUAAACAGUGCAGUGUCAGAAAAUUUGGAUUGCAUCUAAGUGACAAAAUAUUUGAGGAUUGAAAGAAAUAAACGAAGUGGAUUUUGCAAGGAUCAGUGCAUCGUGGAAGUGCUAUUGUAAAAGGGGUGCGUCCGAACGACAGGACGGCGAACUCUGGCGGUAUUGGGUACGCGGGAGCCCCGAUCAACUUCGCGGGAGCACACGCUCCCGAUAGUGGAAAAAACAACCCUCUGCAAGGGACAAUCGGGUACCGAGCCAACACCCCUAGCGGCUAUGGGUGCGCCGGCGGUGCGGGCGCGAUGAGCGGCGGCGGCGAGAACGCGCAGUUCGGCGCCACCGCCGCCAUGGUCGCCGCGGCCUCCACGGCUGCGAUGCAGGACUCGCAGCCAUUCUCGCAGAUGCAAAACAACAUGACGAUGGGCAACCCUCAAUACAAUGCGAUGAACGGCUACGGUCAGCAACGUAGUCAUAACCCCGCCAUGACUGGCAUGGGGAUGGGCAACGGCGGUAUGAACGGCAUGACUGGCAUGGGCCAGAUGGGUAACGCUGGCAUGAACGGCAUGAACCCGAUGGCACAGAUGGCCAACAUGGGCAUGCACGCCAACAUGAUGCCCUCGCAGAUGGGCCCGGGCCAGAUGGGCGGCUCAGCAAAGAUGGCCGCAGGGUACCAGAGGCGACACACGCCGUACCCCUCCGGAACGAUGCUCAUGAACCAGCGGAAGCAAUACAUGGGUGGGCAGCCCGGCUUCGGACCGGCGCAGUACCCUGCCGGAUACGGCGGCCGACCUGGUUUCCAGGGGCAGUAUCCACCGCAGCAACCGUUGGGACCAAGCUCGAACUUCGGUCCGACGAUGCGGGGAACUAUGCGUCAGUCGACGCCGCCUUACUCGAAUCAGGGGCAGUAUUUCAAUGGUGGUGUUCCUAACCAGUUCCCGCAACACCAGGGCGGGAACGGGCAGUAUGGGGGGCAAUACGGCGGGCAGUUCGCGCAGGAGGUGGCGAUGCGCACCAACAUGAGCUACCAGCACAGCCCGGUGCCCGGCAACCCCACUCCGCCGCUCACUCCCGCCAGCAGUAUGCCGCCCUACAUCAGUCCUAAUGCGGACGUCAAACCCCACUUUAAUGAGCUCAAACCACCGAUGGGCAUGCAAAAUGACGAGCUCCGGUUAACAUUCCCUGUAAGAGAUGGUAUUAUACUACCACCAUUUAGAUUAGAACAUAAUUUAGCAGUUAGCAAUCAUGUAUUCCAAUUAAAACCCACGGUCCACUCAACGUUAAUAUGGAGGUCGGAUCUUGAGUUACAACUAAAAUGCUUCCACCACGAGGAUCGGCAAAUGAACACUAAUUGGCCAGCGAGUGUUCAGGUGUCAGUUAACGCCACCCCAUUAGUCAUAGAUAGAGGCGAGAACAAAACAUCACACAAACCAUUGUACCUGAAAGAAGUGUGCCAGCCUGGCAGAAACACGAUACAGAUCACCGUUUCUGCUUGCUGUUGUUCACAUCUAUUCGUACUGCAAUUAGUCCACCGGCCGAGCGUUCGAAGUGUCCUGCAAGGGUUACUGAGGAAGCGGUUGCUGACAGCGGACCACUGCAUCGCUAAAAUAAAGAUGAACUUCAACCAGUCGCCUGGCAACGGCAACAACGGCUCCAACCCAUCUGACAGAGACAGCGUUGAACAAACAGCUCUCAAAGUGUCAUUAAAAUGUCCAAUAACCUUCAAGAAAAUCACAUUACCAGCGCGCGGACACGAGUGCAAACACAUACAAUGCUUCGAUUUAGAAUCGUAUUUACAACUCAACUGUGAGCGGGGAUCGUGGAGAUGUCCGGUUUGCAAUAAACCAGCGCAAUUAGAAGGCCUAGAAGUUGAUCAGUACAUGUGGGGUAUCCUGAACACGUUGAAUAAUUCUGACGUUGAUGAAGUGACUAUUGACAGUGGAGCUAAUUGGAAGGCAGCUAAAAGUCCAGCUAACCCUGGCAUUAAGCAGGAGGAAGACAGCAAUGACAACAGCGUCGGUAAGCGAGGCAAGGCGGUGUCGCCUGGAUCCAUGAACAUGCCAACAAUGAACAAUUGGGAGAUGAACCAGGCCCUUUCCCCGUACCUGCCGCCAGACAUGAACACAAUUGCAAGCGGUUCCAUGAUUUCCCAAUACAACCAAAGCUCACAAAACCGAAACCCAGCUUCGAACAACCAGAACUAUGAUUUCGGAAUGAACAAUGGCCCGGGAAGCAAUGAAUAUGCCGGCAACGGACCCCUGUCACAUCUGAACGAGAGCGUCAACUCCUUAGACCCACUCAAUGCCAUGGAAAAGAGUCUUAAUGAGCAGAUGCCCCACACGCCACACACGCCGCACACGCCCGGCUCGGCGCACACGCCGGGCGGCGGCGGCGCCACCCCCGGCUCCAGCCACACCCCGGGCCCGCCCUCGGUCGGCCACCACUCGCUGACUGACGUCGACAUCCCCGGAGACCUCAACUUCGACCCCGCCGCCGUUAUAGACGGCGAGGGCACCGAUAAUCUCAAUCUGCUGCCGGAGACGACGGUGGACCCGAUGGAGCUGCUGUCGUACCUGGACGCGCCGGCGCUGGGCGAGCUGCUGGCCACGCCGCCGUCGUCGUCGUCGUCGGCCGGCUCGCACCCGCCGCGCGCGCCCUCCUCCGACGACCUGCUCGCGCUCUUCGAGUAGGCGCCCCAGGUUGUUCGGAACGGUGUGCUCGUGUCCACGUCCGUCGUGAACCCCGGGCGGGGUUCAUCGCGCUACGGCCGUGCGUAAAACUCGCAUUCGAGCCGGCGAGGCCCGACAUUGUGAUACUAGAUUUUAGUUCCUUCUCCGCGUGUCGUCAUCCCGACCGCUCCUCGACGUUCGUAGAACGGUCGGCAGCGCUCGGGACGGCCGCCCCCGGCGCUGCCCGUGCUCGCCGGCGCGGGGAACACUUAGUAGAUAUUUAGUGUAGAGGCGGAGGCGCGCCACGCCGGCCGUACACCGCGGUGCGUGCUGUAUAGUUCCUCGCACCACCGUGAGCGGUGGCGCCACUAAACUCCCCAAAUUCUAAACUCUAGUGUAUACUGUAACGCAGAUCUUUCUUCUCGUUCGAUUCGAUAUAAUCAAUUAGAGUUUUGAUUUGUGUCUGUAAGUUGUACAUAGAGUGGAGUUAUUUUACUUGUGCUAGUGGGCGAGCGGCGCCGGCGCUGUACAUAUAGCGUAGCCGCGCGCGCCGCUCGGAGGCAUUAUGAAUCUUAUAGUUCCUAUUCGAUGCGAGCGAACUAUAAUGUUCAAUUGCCAUUUACUGUAAAAUAUUCCUUAAAGUUUUCGCAUAUUCUGCAUUUUUAAAUGGUAAGAUAUUUUAGAAUUUGUGAGUAUAGUGCUACUCGCUUAUUGGGUGAUAUAUUCUAAAGGAGUUGUUUGAAUCAACAAAUAAAUGGUAACAAAUUAGUUACAAAACUAUAUUGUAAAUGUGAGUGCAAAAAUGAACUCUGUUAAAUUAUUUUGCGUUAUGUGAAUCGAAGAAUGAUAGAAAUAUAUUUAAUUUCUAUAUAAAUAGUAACGAACUGUAUUAUUUGUAAAUAUGAAUUUAGUUAAGAAUAUAUUAUAUUACCUAGUUAUAUUUAGGAGAACAUGGCAGAUACUUAUAUGACGGCCAGUUUAGUAUAGUAUUACUAAAUUUAAAAAUCUACACAUGGUUUUACAUGUAUAUACAAAUUACCUAUACAAGAUUGUACCGACGCGGCCAGAGUAUGGACAUGGGCUUACAAUUAAUCACUUUCUUGAAGAACAUACUAUUAAUUUUAAGCGAACUCAUUUACUCAUUUUCUUCACAAACACUAUUUCAAAAUAAUUCCCAUACCCCAUUAAACUAGUUAUACUUGAGAUAAAGUCCACCGAAAUACUCCAACUUCAGAAAUCAAAGAACCAAUUAGUUUUAAUCUGUAUUAUCUAAACUUUCUUUAGCGAAAUUUUAGUGAAAUUGUAUUCCUUUAGACAAAAUAGUUUUAGUGUAAUAACUUUCCUUCUUCGAUAUUGAUUAGCGAAUGACUUAAACAACUUAUAGUGCAAAAUUUGUGAAGACUACUCGGCGAUAUCUAUCGCUGCAAAGGAAUCUUUGCAAAAAUGUAGCGUUUGAAGUCAAUAUUUACAUAACAGCCUACAUCCUAAACUCUGGCGCGUAUCUUUCUGCAAGUGCAAACACCCAUUAAUACUAUACAUACUUAGUAAAAUUCUGUCUCUGCUCAUCUUCAUUUUUUUGUUUAAAUGUUUCAACACAAAUGUGACAAACUAGAAAUAACAAUAAACUCUUCGGCGUCGUUUAAACAAUUGUUAUGUAAUUUUAAACUUAUUGUAAAUUGUCAAAAUUGUGAUGAGCAUUUAAUAGACAGAUCUUAUUUCACGUAUUUUCAAAUGUUUGGUUAUAUAUCAAGUGCAGAGGCAAACGGAAGAAGUUACUUAACACUUUUUUUAUCCUAUUUUCGUUUCUACCUCGCUAGACGAUCAACAAGGAAAUUUCUAAAUGGAAUUUAGUUCCCAUACCAAGAUAUUACUCCAUAAUUAAUUUAGAUGGUGUAAAAUUUUCAAAUAAAUCUACUGUUUAAAUGAGGUUUUAAAUAACAGUUUAUAAAAUAUCUCUAACUUAGAGUUGUAUGUAAAACUGACGAGAUCUUUUCACUAACUUGUGUAAAAAUUGGUGAUUUGCGCAUCUUUACUUCAUGCUAUGAAUAUGAACGCCUUUAGAGUUAGUCGACUAUUACGGAAAACAAUAAAAUUAGUGUUAUUUGAAGCGGUGGUCACCUACUCGGACAAGAGACGAUGAUAACUACGUAAAUAAUGGAAUGAAAUUGCCUUCACAAUAUUACGGAUGCCUUCUUAGCGACAAGUAUAUCGCUGUAACUAUUACAAUAUAUUGUAACAUUAUGAAGAAAAGAGACGAAAAAACACUAAGUGAAUUGUAACCGGCAUUAAAAAGACCACAUUAAAGCAAUUAAUUUAUAAAGCAAUUUUUCAAUUUGACAUUUGCGCAUUUAAAAGCAACUUUGCAAUCUCCAUAAAUGUCAAAUAGCAAUAUUGCUUUUGUAGAUUAAUUACUUCAAUGUGUCCUCUUAACCCUUGAGGGGCUUACGGUAAUGAGGUUCAGUGAGUAGUCUUAAUGCGGGUAGCUGACCACAGCUUUUACAUAAAUUACAUACUUUUAAGGGACCUUAAAUUCCAGUUAGCUAGUUCUAUUUAUUGUAGUGAAUAUUGCCGCUGAGUGGAUCCCCGCCCGAUUUUUGUAAGACCAAAUAGUACUUUUAUACGCAUUUACCUCUUUUAGGUAAUGACGAGUUUGUUUAUAAUAAAAAGGAAAAUAUCACAAAAAAUGUAUAGCAUAUCACGUUAUAAUGAAAACAAAAAUCCCAUGGACGAUCCACCCAGUAGUGUGAAUGAUUACAAUAUAUAUUUUGUUGAAUAUUAUAAUGAACUGCUCUGGAGUAAAGUAGAUUUCGUGCUCGUACAAAUGUAAGAGGCAUUUGGAAAUAAGUGAAAGAAGAAUUCUAAAAUAAGUUACUACGCAACCCAUGACUCGCAGAGGUAACCCAAACUGUACUGUAGUUAUACAUUUUGAACUUUAUGUGAACGUUUUAGCAAUCAAGUUGGUACCUACUGAAAUUCAUUUCGAAACGUGUAAAAUGAAAAAAAAACAUAACAUUUUUAUGUUAUUGAAAAUAAAAUGAAUCUAAAAAUUA